AUGGAAUUUUUAAAAAAUUAUUAUACAAAAUCAAAGAGAAAUGUAUAUAUUAUUAUAAAAAAAUUAAAAAAUAUUCUGAAAAUCAAUGGAAUCAAGAGAAGAGAAGUUUGAUAGAAGGGAAAAACUGAAUCUUCCUGAUGAUAGCGAUAUCAUGAUAAUUCCAAGCUCACCUCUUUUUAAGAAAGACUAUAAAGACCUAAUUCUCAAGUCACCCACCUCUUUGAGAUCAUCUUCAUCACCAUACUCAUUAAGAAAACGAAAACCCAGCGCUAUUGACUUGCUGGAUAUCUCUAAUGUCACUUUAGACGAAAAUCUUAAUUAUACCCAUUAUUCGCCCAAAUGAAGAAACAAAAUCUCAAAUUCAAAAAAUUGCCAGUUUAAAUUAGAUGAGCUUUCACCACAAAUAAACUUGGAUCAGUCGUCUUGUAGGCUAAAAUAUAUUAGCGGCAGCCCUUUAAUAACUCCGCUGAGGGGAAAUAAUGUAAACACAGCAAAUAAAAAGAGAAAAUUUUCCCCUUAUAAAGGUGACAUAGAAUGGAAAGAAAAUACCUUUUGAUUUCGCUUGGCUAGAUAUAGAAAGGCUACCUGUCGGGAUCCGAAGAUCCUUAUUCCAUUCCAUAAUGCUUCACUCGUCUGCUUCGCCGACAAUCGUCUCACGGCCUUCAAAGUCUUGCUCCUAUCAGACAUGGGCAUAGAUGUACUCCCUGAUAGUCGUAAAGAUUAGGUCACUGUGCCAUAUAUCAACGGGGUUUGACUUCUAGAAAAUUCGAAAAACAAAUUUUCUGAUAACCUGUCGGCCAAGAUGAAAAUUCGUAGUCCAGGACACAACACCGGUAUCGCGCUUGGGAACGUUCUCGAUAGACCAGAGAAACCUAAAUGGUAUUUCUGGGACUACUCUUUAAAACUCCGAACUCUAUCUUCCUCCGUGGUAAAAACUUGAUCUGAAUGUGAGCCUGCUGUCCGCCAAUCCAGACGUUGCUCCACAAAACUAGUAAAGCCUUACCAGAUACACAUAGCGAACGCCAAAACUCCCUUCCACAAGGUCCCUGGGUCUCUCCAGCCACAGAAUUAGGAGGUUGGGUUACUCCAUUUUUUACGUUAUUAGAAAGAAAAUACAAAAAAAAUUAAAAUUAAUGAGAUUUCAAGUACGGAUAGCAAUGAAAUUAUUGACUGGCUUGUUUAG